AUGCGAGGAACAAUCGAGGAACCCCCAUGGUUUCCCACCCCGUGGUUCACGCGCGUGGUUCAAUAUCAGUUUUCGGUUGAAAUUGAUUGUUGCUCACCUCUAAAGCUGCACCUGCGCGUGAUAACCAUUGAGAUCGAGCGACGCGACGCUCACAGAAAUAUAAAAACAAAAGCUGUUCUUGAUGUGGAAACAAAAAGAGGCUACUGGCUGACUGUUUACGCACAGGAUCAUGGUGUGGUACCACUGAGUUCAAAACAAGAAGUCUACAUUGAAGUCUUGGAUGAAAACGACAAUAUUCCACUCACUGAACUGCCAGUCUAUUAUCCUUCAGUACCUGAAAAUUCACCAGCUGGUGUGAAUGUGGUUCAAAUACGAGCAUUCGAUCGUGAUGUUACGUCUCAGCAAUUCACUUUUUCUAUCACGAGUGGCAAUCCAGAAGGCUAUUUUCUCAUCAACUCUACGACUGGCGUCAUUACCACAACUGGCAGAAAAUUGGAUCGUGAAAAUCAAGCCGAGCAUAUACUGGAGGUAUGCGUGAAAGACGAUGGUAAACCACCACUUUCGUCAACGACUCGUGUAGUCGUCAAAGUUGAGGAUGUAAAUGACCACGGUCCGGAGUUCGAGCAGAAAUUUUACAUCGUUCAAAUUCCAGCCUCGCAAGACAUUGACAAACCACUAUUUCAGGUACUUGCCUGUGACAAAGACGUUGGAGACAAUGGAAGAAUUCAGUACAGCAUCAAAAGUGGAAAAGGAAAAGGGAAAUUCAAAAUUCACCCCUCGACUGGAAUGGUUUAUUCUCAACGUGGCUUCGAGGCUGGUCAAGAAUACGAAAUGCUUAUACGAGCUGCAGAUUUUGGAGAACCCCAAAGAAGCCAUCAAACUCGAGUCUCUGUACAAGUUGUCGAAUUACCGACAGAGUCGGAAAAUCCUCCAGUUUUCAAAACAAAUAAUCAAACUGUUAAAAUUACCGAAAGUGACAAAGUUGGAUUUCUAGUUGCAUUGGUACAAGCGACAGAUAAAGACGGUGAUACUUUGUGGUACGACAUUGUUGAUGGCGACAAAAAAGAUGAAUUUUUCAUUGGCAGAGACAAUGGAAAUGUUCUUCUUGCAAAACAAUUGGAUUGGGAAACGAAAAAUUUUUAUAAUUUAACAAUAAGUGUAACUGACGGUAUACAUCAGGCAUUUACACAAUUAUUUGUCACAGUUAUUGAUAUCAAUGAUCAUAGACCUGAAUUUAGUGAAAUUACAUAUCGUGUGGAAAUUUCGGAAAAUGUUGAAAAAGGCGAAACUGUAUUACAAUUACACGCGACGGAUGAGGAUGAGGAUAAAAAAGUAUUCUACAGUUUACAUGCGGCACAAAAUCAAGCGUCAUUGGAAAUUUUUCACGUUGAUUCAUUAACAGAAACAGUGACAUUAAAAGAAUCAUUGGAUCGUGAAACAAUUGAGGAACAUAUUUUAACGAUAAUGGUAAAAGAUCAAGGAACACCGGCAAAAAGAAAUUAUGCACGUGUCAUUGUCACUGUACACGAUCAUAAUGAUCAUGCACCUGAAUUUACAAGUGAAAUUAUUCAGGGUAAAAUAUUUGAAACUUCCGCUGUUGGCAGUACUGUGGUUCAGGUUUACGCUAUUGACAAAGAUCGUGGUAAAAAUGCACGCAUCACAUAUUCCAUAACAUCAGGAAAUGUUGGCAACGUCUUUAAUAUUGAUGCAGAUUUAGGCCUAAUACGUGUAGCAAGAGAAUUGGAUUUAAGCACAUCGUCAGAAUACAUUCUCCUUGUAAAAGCAACAGAUCACGGCACACCGCAACUAUCAAAUUCAGUUCCCGUACAUGUAAUGAUAACAAUGGCCGACAAUGCUCCCCCGAGAUUCCUUCAGAGGGAACUUGCCGCCGAGAUUUAUGAGAAUCAACAAAUUGGCACUUAUGUGAAACACGUCGAGGCACGAAGCACCUCGUCCCUUAUGUUUGAAAUCAUGCGUGGAAAUCGUGACAGUACUUUCUUUGUGAAUCCAAGCACUGGCGUUAUAACGACAAAAAAUAGUCUCGACUAUGAGAAAAUGAAAUUUUACAAUUUAACACUACUAGCGACAAAUAUGGCCGGUGCAACGGCAACGUGCAAUGUUAUUGUCCACGUUCUGGACAAGAACGAUAAUCCACCACAUUUCCUUCAGGCAAUUUAUAUCGGUGAAAUAAGUGAAGGUGCGAUUAUUGGAUCAUUGGUAUUGACAAAUGGUAGUUCACCAUUGGUGAUUAAAGCUGAGGACGCCGAUUCGGAAUUAAAUGCACUUCUUAAUUAUGAUAUUGUUGAGGAUGUACCGAGGAAAUUUUUCCACAUUGACUCAAGUACAGGGGCAAUUAGAACAGUUAUGGUAUUGGAUCAUGAAACAAUGCCGGAAUUUUCAUUUCAUGUUAAGGUCUCGGAUUUGGGAAAACCGAAAUUAUCAUCGGAAACAACGGCAAAAGUUAUUAUUACUGUGACUGAUGUUAAUGAUUGUCCACCGAAAUUUUUGAGAAAUGAAUAUAAUACAACGGUGUUGUUGCCGACUUAUAAAAAUGUUGCUGUUAUCACUGUGAAAGCGAACGAUCCCGACAGCACCGAGGGAACACCUCUUAGAUACGACAUCAUUGACGGAAAUCAUGGACAAACGUUUGAAAUCGAUUCCCACUUGGGAGUGAUAACAAUUCAAGACCCGGAGCAUUUGAAGAAACGUUAUCUUUUGCAUGUUCGUGUUUCUGAUGGAAAAUAUUCAAGUGUUACACAAGUGAAUAUUGUCGUUGAAAAAUCGGAAAAUUCUGGUCUAGUUUUUGAAAAAGAUAUCUAUGAGGGUGUCAUUUUGGAGAAUACAACAAAAAUAACAACCGUAAAAGUUGUCAAUGUAUUGGGAAGUGAUUUACAUGAGCAUGUACUUUAUAGUAUUUUAAAUCCAACUGAUAUGUUUGUCAUUGGUUCAACAUCGGGAGCAAUAAAAACAACGGGCAAAAGAUUUGACAGAGAAAUUCUUGACAAUUAUGAACUUAUUAUCGAAGCAAAAAGUCAAAUGGACAAAAAGAAACCAAGAGUUGCACACGCUAUUGUCAAUGUUACAAUUCUUGAUAUCAAUGAUAAUUGUCCGAUGUUUGUGAAUCUUCCUUAUUAUGCUGUUGUUUCUGUUGAUGCACAAAAGGGAGAUGUUAUAACAAAGGUACAUGCCGUCGAUAUGGAUAGUGGUGACAACGGUGAAGUUCGCUACGAAUUAAAGAAAGGACACGGGGAAUUAUUUAAAGUCUGCCGAAAAACUGGUGAAAUAUCUCUAAAACAAAAUUUAGAGGGUCAUAAUCGGGAAUAUCAAUUAAUGAUUGCUGCUUAUGACGGUGGUUCAACGCCUUGCUCAAUCGAAGUGCCUGUUAAUGUUAAAGUAAUCGAUCGCUCGAUGCCAAUUUUCGACAAACAAUUUUACACCGACAAUGUUCUCGAAAGUAUCGAACUUCAUUCUCCAUUAACACUGUCAAUUCAAGCAGAAUCGCCUUUGAAUCGAAAAUUGAUUUAUAGCAUCACGAAAGGAAAUGACUUUGAAGAAUUCGCUUUGGACUUCAACACCGCCCCCGACAGUAACAAUGGUCCUUGUGUAAUCUAUGUGGUCGAUGAGCUGGAUUACGAACAGAAGAAACAAUACGAAUUGACAGUACGAGCAACUGACAGUGUUUCCGGUGUUUUUGCUGAGGUUCUUGUCAGUAUUUUGGUUCAAGAUGUCAAUGACUGUCCACCUGAAUUCAGCCAGGAUUCAUACAAUAUUUCCGUCUCAGAAGCAGCACCAUUUGGCACAUCAGUACUUAAAGUUACAUCAAGAGAUAAUGAUACAGGAAUAAAUCAAAAAGUUCGCUACGCAAUUCAAAACGACACAAACAACAGUAAAGAUCUAUUUCACAUUGAUCCCGACGAGGGAAUUGUAUUUUUAAAACGAAGUCUCGAUCAUGAAACUCACGACUCACAUCAUUUCACUGUGAUUGCAAUUGAUCGUGGUGUUCCUUCACUAUCAAGUACAUCACACGUUUGGGUAACAGUUAUCGAUAUGAAUGACAAUCCACCAAAAUUUGAGCAACCAUCUUAUUCAUGUUUUUUAUCCGAACACGCUGAACGUGGUCAAUUUGUCAUUGUUGUAACAGCAAGUGAUCCCGAUUUUAUUGAUGAUAAAUUAAUUUACACAAUUGUCGGUGGCAAUGAUCAACAAACCUAUAAUAUUGAUCCAUAUUCAGGUAUAAUAACAUUGAUAAAUAUGCAAAAUUUUGGCGAUAAUAAAUUACAACUUUUAAAUGUUUCUGUAACGGAUGGUGUUUAUACAAGUUUUGCUAGGGUUAAAAUUGAAAUUUUACCUGCUAAUCGUUAUAAUCCCAAAUUUCCAAAUCCAAUUGUUGAGGUGACAGUUUUGGAGAAUCAAUUACCGGGAAGACUUGUUACACAAGUGAUAGCAAGUGAUGAGGAUUUUGGUGAAUAUGGUGAAAUUUCUUAUUCAAUACCAUCGGAAAUGAUGAGAGAUAUUUUUGAUAUUAAUAAACAAACUGGUGAAAUUGUAACGAGAAAAAAAUUAGAUCGUGAAUAUCGAAAAUUAUAUGAGAUUAAUAUUAUGGCAAUGGACGGUGGUGGAAGAUCUGGUUUUGUAAUGGUGAGAGUAAAAGUCGGUGAUGAAAAUGAUAAUUCACCUGUAUUUCUACUAGGCGAAUAUAAGGCAACAAUUGCCGGGAAUUUGAGUUUAAAUACAAUUUUCCUGAAGGUGAAAGCAAUUGACGCUGAUGAAGGUGACGCAGCAAGGAUUGAAUAUUCAAUAUACGAACCACAAGAUUCAAAAGCAAAGGGAUUAUUUGGCAUUAAUUCAGAAUUGGGAGCAUUAUUUUUAAUUAAAAAUGCCACCGUUUGGGAGAAUCAACUUUUUCAAAUUUUCAUACGCGCUGAAGAUAGAGGACUAAAAACCUAUCAUGCCGAUGUGCCGUUAAAUAUUUACAUCACUGGUCCUGAGGAUGUGCCACCACUUUUUGAGAGAAUGAAUGAGAAAUUUUUCUAUUCGGAGGCAUCGAUUGUUGGAACAGUGAUAACAAAAUUAAAAACCGUUACAAAUAGUAGUGUUCGUUAUAGAAUUGUUCCUGGAUUGGAGGAAUCGAAUUUAUUUGAUAUCGAUCAAAAUGGACAAAUUACAUUGAUAAAAGCAUUGGAUCGUGAAAUUAGAGAUCAUCAUUUAAUUGGAAUUUUAGCUGAGACUGAUUCAAGUCCACCGUUGACUGCAUUGGCGGAAAUUUCACUUCAAGUUUUAGAUGAAAAUGAUCAUGCACCGAAAUUUGAGAGUAAUCCAUAUGUUUUGAAUUUGGCGGAAAAUAUUGAGGAGGGUACAACGAUAUUGAAAAUUGUUGCACAUGAUAAGGAUCUUGGUAGUAAUGGAGAAGUGAGAUAUUCAUUUGGUACUGAUAUUGGUGAAUUGGCGAAUAUUUUUACCAUUGAUGCAUACACUGGAUGGAUUUCGACAUUGGUUCAAUUGGAUAAGGAGAAACAGGCGGAAUAUAAAUUUCAAGUUGUUGCAACUGAUAAUGGAAAUCCAAAACAUUUUGCACGAACUUCAGUGCAUAUUAAAUUGAAGGAUUACAAUGACAAUGCACCAGUAUUUGUCGACGAUCCUUAUGAAGCUUCAGUUAAGGAAAAUGCUCUUCCAGGAACAGUUCUUGUUAAAUUGAUGACAGCCGAUAAAGACGUUGAUAUGAAUACUUCAGUUGAUUUCUACAUUACGGCUGGAGAUUCUCGAUCACAGUUUCAGGUUCGUUCAACCGGUGAAGUAUUUGUGGCAAAAUCCCUGGACAGAGAAACAACGGACAGAUAUGAAUUGUCAAUUGUUGGAACAGAUGGGAAAUUUGUGUUUGAAACAAAAGUGACUGUUGAAAUUUUGGAUGUUAAUGAUAAUCCACCAUAUUGUCUUCACUAUAGAUAUAGAGAAAUUUUAUCCGAGGGUUCACAUCCAGGCACUUAUGUUCUAACUGUUUUGGCAACUGAUUAUGACGAUGAGGAAAAUGCAAAAUUACGUUUCUAUCUCACUGGUGAUAAUAAAGAGAAAUUUUCAUUGGAUAAAGACACUGGUGUUUUGAAAACUGUUGGACAAUUGGAUAGGGAAACACAGGCGAAAUAUUCACUCACUGCACAUGUACAGGAUCGUGACAAACCGACCUGGGAAUGUUCGUCACAAUUGGAAAUUCUUGUUUCCGAUUUAAAUGACAAUGCACCAAAAUUCAUGAUGCAAUCCUACAGUACAACAUUACCCGAGGAUGUUGAAGUUGGUACACUAGUGACAAAAGUUCACGCCACUGACGAUGACAUUGGAAUUAAUCGUAAGAUUCGCUAUGAAUUCAUUGACUCGGCUAAUAAUCAUUUUCGAAUUGCCACCGACAGUGGAAUUAUAACACUUGCAAAACCAUUGGAUCGUGAGACAAAGGCAAUGUACAAUGUUACUAUUCAAGCAAUGGAUCAAGGAACACCACAAUUAAUAAGCGUCGCUUCGCUUGUUGUUAAUGUUCAGGAUAUUAAUGACAAUCCACCGGAAUUCACAUCGAAAUUUUAUUUUGCACGCGUACCAGAAAUUGAUGCAAUUGGCACUGAAGUGUCGCGCGUACUUGCCACAUCAAAAGAUACUGGUGUCAAUGCUGAUGUUUAUUAUUCAAUUAUUGGUGGGAAUGAGCAUAAAAAAUUUCAAAUUAAUGCACAAACAGGAGUUAUUGCAAUUGCUGAACAAUUGGAUUAUGAGAGGGCGAGGGAUUAUUUUUUGACAAUUCAAGCAGUUGACGGAGGGAUUCCACCGUUGAGUAAUCAUGCCACGGUGAAUAUUACCGUACUUGAUAGUAAUGAUAAUCCGCCAAUUUUUAGUGAAGUUUCGUAUAGAGCAGCGGUGAGAGAGAAUUCGGCUGUUGGCGAAAAAGUGACGCAGGUUUAUGCAAAUGAUUUGGAUAGCGAAGAAAAUGGUAUAGUUUCAUAUUUCAUAGAAAGGGGCGAUAAAUUAAAACAAUUUACUAUUGAUGAAAAAACUGGAGUAAUAUCAGUGGCAGCUCCUCUUGAUCGUGAAACGAUAUCAAAUUACAUUCUUGAGGUGCAUGCCCGUGAUUCAGGUCUACCAACAUUAACAAGUUUUGUAAUGGUAAAUAUCGAAAUACUCGAUGCAAAUGAUAAUCCACCACAAUUUUCACAAGCAAAUUAUACAACAAUUAUUCAAGAAAACAAACCAAUUGGACAUGUUGUUCUUCAAUUUAUGGUAACCGAUCAGGAUAUAUCGCCAAAUUCUGAUCCCUAUACUUUUGAUUUUCGCUCUGGCAAUGAGGGUAAUUCAUUUCGUCUUGAGCAAGAUGGCUCAUUGCGUACAGCGACAAAAUUCAAUAAUCGCAUUAAGGACAAAUAUAUUCUUCAUAUACGCGUUUUUGAUAAUGGAAGUCCACCACUUUAUUCUGAUGCCUAUGUGGUUGUGAAAAUAAUUGAAGAAUCACAAUAUCCACCAAUUGUCACGCCACUUGAAAUUGUUAUUAAUUCUUAUUUGGAUGAAUAUCCAGGUGGUGUUAUCGGUAGAGUUCAUGCCUCGGAUAAAGAUCAAUAUGAUACACUUUUGUAUAGUUUAGCGCCAUCGUCACCUAAUCCAAAUAUAGAUUUAUUUCAAAUUGAUAAAUUGGACGGUACACUUGUUGCAUUACCACGUUUAGAUGUGGGAGAAUACAGAUUAAAUGUCACAGUAACGGAUAGUAAAUUCCUUUCGUAUACAAUUGUAAAGGUGAGCGUUGAAUUGAUAAAUGAAAAAAUGUUGAUAAAUUCGGUGAUAAUACGCUUUCGUGAAGUGAGUCCAGAGGAUUUUGUUUUGAGUCAUCGUAAAGGAUUUUUGAGAACUGUUCGCAAUGCAUUGAAUUGUCGUUUAAAGGAUGUGGUAAUAAUUAGUGUACAAUCGUCAACUGAUGAGGCGAAUUUAAUAAAAUCCCGAGCUUUACGUAAUUCGACGAGAUUUAAACGACAGAUACAUAAUGAUCUUGAUCUUCUAUUUGCGGUACGUAAGACAAAUGGAUUUUACAGUUCGGAAGUGGUGAGAGAGGCAUUGAAUCAACAUGUUGAGGAAUUGGAGGAAUCGACAAAAUUGGUUGUGGAGGAAAUUGUACGUUUUAAAUGUACGAAGGGUUACUGUUUAUAUGGCGAUUGUGAGGAUAGUAUUGUAUUGGAUCCAAUGCAAAUUGCAGCGAUAUCAACGGAUGUGACAAGUUUUGUAUCACCAAAGCACAGGCAUAAAAUGGAUUGCAAUUGUAAGGAGGGCUAUGCGGGAAGUCAUUGUGAAGUUGUUGUUAAUGAAUGUGCAAGGGAUCCUUGUCCAAUUUUUAAGAUUUGCAUACCUGAUUCAUCAAUACAGGGGUAUUCGUGUCAGUGUCCGGAGGGAUUUGCGGGGCAGAGUUGUGAAAUUAAUAUCUCAAAAUGUCACGAUGAUUCGUGUUAUAUUGCGAGAAAUCCGAUUUCAUUUAGUGGAAAGAGUUACGCUAGAUAUAAAAUUGAUAAGACUAUUGUUAGGGAAACGAUUGAGGAUCGUUUGCAAUUGUCGUUGAGAAUAAGAACAGUGCAGAUGACGGGAAGUUUGAUGUACGCAGCCGGUAAGGUGGAUUAUAAUAUUUUGGAAAUUGCCAACGGAGUGGUGCAAUAUCGUUUUGAUUUGGGUAGCGGUGAGGGAUUGGUGAGAGUUAGUAGUACUUACGUUAGCGAUGGACAAUGGCAUGAGAUACAAUUGGAGAGGGAGAGAAAUAGCGCUAAAGUUGUGGUGGAUGGAAAAUAUUUUGCUCACGGUGCAGCACCGGGAAAUAACGAGAUUUUGAAUUUACAAUCUGAUGAUUUGUAUCUUGGCGCCGAAGUUAGGCAGCAUCCAUCAAUUUUGGGUUUUGAGGAUGUACAAAGGGGAUUUAUUGGCUGUAUGGAUGAUAUGAGAAUUGCAAAAAUAUCAAUACCACUUCACAUGAGUGGUGCCAGUAGUGUUGCGGUACUGAAAAGAUUUGCCAAUGUGGAAUUUAGUUGUGACGCCGGAAUAAUACUAACUCCACCUGGAAUUUGCGGAUCGCAGCCUUGUCAAAAUGGAGGCACUUGUAAGGAAACUGGAAACGAGAAUUACGAAUGCGAAUGUCAUGGAAGAUUUACUGGAAUUGCUUGCGAAAUUGAUACCGAUCCUUGUGCAUCAUCACCAUGUUUGUAUGGAGGAAGAUGCCGUUUGGUACCAGAAGGUGGAGAUUUCAUUUGCGAAUGCGUUGGACCCAGUUUAAGUGGUAAACGCUGUGAAUUUGGAAGAUAUUGCAGUCCAAAUCCCUGUAUUCAUGGCGGUGUUUGCGAGGAGGGAAACAAUGGACCAAUUUGUAAAUGCCAGGGUUUUAGAGGCGAACGUUGUGAAAAUGAUAUUAAUGAAUGUGAAAGUAAUCCUUGUUCAAAUGGCGGGACUUGUAUCAAUGAAUUGGGAAGUUAUCGUUGUAUAUGUCCUGCCGAUAUGACGGGAAAUAAUUGUGGAAAUCCAGCGUUUACAUCGAUAAUUUCAAAGAGUCUUCAUAUAUCUGGGGAGCAUUUGAUGUGGAUUGGAAUAGCAUUGGGAGCGAAUAUUAUUUUAAUUAUUAUAUUUGUCACUUGCCGAAAGGUAAGAAGCAAGAGGAAUCGUGCGAGGGCAAAUCAUAUCAAUAAUGAAACGAGGAAACAAAUUGUACUCAAUUCAGCGAGGAGCAAUGAACACGAAUUUAAGCGGAGCUCUAAAUUGAGUAAUUUGGAAGUGAUACAGAGAGAACCUCCCCAAUGUCCCCCUAGACCCGCUUCCUAUACUCCUAGCUCGAAUAAUGAGCCGGUCGCGUAUAGUAAUACAGCGGCAGUGGCUUUAAAUAAUUUGGAUACGCUACGAAGUUAUGGAAGCGCUGGCGAUGAAUUGGAAAUAAUUCCACCUGAUUAUCUACGUAAUUUGAAUCGUCGUACUCCUGUACCUCCUCCAUCGUUAGGUCAUUCAAUUCCAGUGGGUGGAAAUUCUGCCGGUAGUGACAAUGAUAGUCUACAUAAAUCCUCAUGGCAGGAACAAAUGCAACUAGCUUCAUUCAUCUCCGAUGCUGCUAAAAUUAAGAAUGACCUGAGACGAGCGAGCCCAGUGGUAUCAGAGCUGACCACUGGAGGACUUCUACUAAAUUCUACCCGGCAGAUACCACACGGAGGUGGUACAUCUGUAACAUCUCUCUCGGUUAUCGAGGAUGAUCCUCGCAUUGUUGGCGGCUAUCACUGGGACUGUUCAGACUGGGUCAGACCAAAUCAGAACCCAUUACCAAAUAUCACAGAAGUUCCUGGAAGUGAAGUUCCAGACUCAUCCAGUUUCCACAGUAACGAAAGCAACGAGUCAAACACACAUCAAUUGCCGUCAAUGCACGGUCCAAUAGACACAACGCGCGAUAUUGAAACAUUAAACGAGGAUCAAGAAUCUGAAUACGUUGGCGAUUCAGAAUGUGGUACGGAUUUUUCCGAGCAUUUUUGUCCUGAAUCACAACGUUUAAAUCCCCUUGAUAGUGGCGGUGAAGGUGAAUAUAAAUACAAAGAUUCGGAGAGUUAUUUACGACAUCCAAAUUCAUAUUUGCCACAUUACAAUAUACAUACGGACACGGAAAAUGAGGCACAUCAUCCACUCAACGGACGAUUGGAUGGCGGUUGCCUUGAGUCAGAUGACGAGGACGAAGACGACGUAGUGCCUUAUGGUUUUCCCAGCACGCGACGCAAUCGAUGUCACAAUAAUAAAGGUGACGAUGUCGACGAUAUUGGCUCAGUCAUCACAACACUCGAGGAGAGAAAUUCACUUCUUGGCGGUGCAACAAGCAAUAGUGAUCUCUCAACAAAUCUCUGUGAGAUUGAUGACUCCGAGUAUGAAAUUCCUGAGCACAAGAAUAAUAAAAAUGGCCGAGCCUGGCUCACUGGUAGCGUUACACAAACAUCUGUGUGACGUUUUAUUAAUCAUCGUUGUGCUCUCGAGCAAAGACUGUUUUAAUAUAUAAAUAUAUAUAUAUAUAUAUAUAUAUAUAUAUAUAUAUAUAUAUAUAUUGAUGAAAAAAAAAAUUAUAAAUAUAUAUAUAUAUAUAUGCAAUUUUGUACAUAUAGUUAAUAAUAUUAUAAUUAAUUAUUAUAAAUUUAUCUUUUAAGGCAAAAUCUCGUGUACAGGCAGCUAGCUAGAGUUACGAUGCGAUUUUCAAUUAUGGACAUUUGUUCAGGAUUCAAUAAUUUUUAUUAUUAAAUAUUCCAUUUGUGCCAUCGUACAGUGAUUGGAAAAUUGCAAUUUAAUGUUGGGGAAAAAAAAUUUUUGCUCUAAAGAAUCGAAAAAAUUGUUAAUAAUGUAUGGAAUUAUUUUUUUUUUAUCAAUUUUUUUAUGUGAGACUAAUUCAAAAAUAUUUUUCCCGAAAUCUUGAUGAAAAAUGAGAAAAUAUGUAUUUUUUUAUUUCUUUAUUUGAUAGAAAUUGUGGAAGUUAUGAUUUUUUUAAAUUUCACGUAAGACAAAGGCCGAAUCACUUUUUAGGGUUAAUUUUAAUUUUUUUACAUGCUUCCGUUGUAAUUAUUUUUUUUUUCACCACAUAACCCAAAAACAAAUAGAAGAAAAUUGGAACUUAUU